UACCAUGCCGAAGGCUCGGCAUCAUCGUUCUAACAGAUCUUCGAAUGUCUGCGAGUCGAGCAAUGUAUUCCCCGCACGACUCCCCGCCCUCCACAGAUCUCCCUCGCACAAAAGGUCACACACAUCGUGUGACACCGGACGCACGUUGCCACGGCGAGUGACAUGUGCUGAGUCCGGCGAGACCUUGCCAUCCCUUUCUUUCCCUACCACGACCAUGAACCUCACUUGACCAUGCGACGCUAUCCCGCGCGUCGAGAGACGUCCUUCUCCUCCGCGCCCUCCUCACGCGCCUCGACCCCGCCUAGCUCCCAUUACCUCGCAUCUCCCCAGCCUCGCGCCAACACUCCACAGCAGCUCCUUCUUUGGCUGCUCUCAACGAGCCCCUCCCUAGCAACGCUCCUACACUACCUCUCGCUUCUCCUCUCGCUCCGCCUCGUCGUAGUCAACCCGCGCUGGACAACCCUGCUGCUCUGCCUCUGCCUGGCUAUGACUCUGGAAGGGAGAGCCAAGGCGGAGAGGCUCGGAUUGAGGAACACAAUGGGAGGCAUCAUGACAGUCGUAGGAUCGGGCGUCGUAUGGAAGACCAUCGUUGAGGUGGGUGGGAGGUCAGACAGGGCAGUUUCGGAGCCCUGCUCCCAACGACAGCUGCUCAAUGCCUCGACAAACGCCGAGACAGAGGGGCCACUCGACGUGGCGAUUGCUAUAUGCGCAGAAGCGUCCAACCUCACACCUCCCGAUCACCUGGCUGACGAGCUGCUGGGCAAGGCGACGUCUUGGCUUGAGGGGAAGCCAACUCCUCGCGGGGCUACACUCGCCGACGAUCUUUGUCGAGUCGUGUCAGAAGCCUUGCCCAAGAGUAACAGGCUGACCGUAGAUAUAGCGGCAAGGCCACGCAUGUCGAACGAGAGCAGAGCAAUGGAUCUUACUGUGGCCUGUUAAUCCCGCGGUAUAGAGAAGAUCGUAGUGAGUCCACCCAGCCUUUGGCUGAUUUUGAGCCUGCUUCGCUCUGCUGUCAAGGGAAGUGUCUUGGUAUAUGCUCGGGGGCCUGCUCGAUGUGUUCAAAGGCACCUGAAGCCGCUUUUGUUUCUCCCUUGUCUUCCUCUGAAGCCCACCGCAGUAGCCAAGCAUACAGCGACAGACGAAAGCUGCGCACCAACGAGGGCGUCAAUUGCCUGAUGCUCUCGUCGAAGAGAUCUUGCGGUGCUGUCAAGGAGAAGUUGGUCUUGUCGCUUCCAUAGAGAGCCUGUUGAUGGCGAGCGAUUCCGUCUGCUAUGAGCAGUGGGUAGAGGCCGCAGUCAGAUGCUCCUUCUUGCCGGGGAAGACUGGCAUUCUCCGAAACGUCCGCUUCUCGUCUUCCAAU